CCACCCAGAAAAUUUCCUCCUCCAUGCAGAGUCGCGACCUUAUAAUCUCGCUGCCUCGCACGUAGUUUCUUGUGGUUAACUUUAAUCUCGCAGCCUCAAUCGCGUCGCGUAGGCAUUGUGUUCUUCCACGCGCGGUCGAUCGAUCGGCUGAGAUCGAGCAGGUUGCCAGACAUGGCGGCGACCGUGCGGGCGUGGGUGGUGGCGGCGGCGCUGGCCUCCGCGCUGGUGCUGCUGCCGUGGCGGCCGGUGGGGGCUGAGGAGUCGGAGUCGUCGGCGGCGGGGGCGACGGCGACGGCGUCGUUCGGGGUCGGGUCGGCGUCGUUCAGCGUCGGGGCGGGGGCGAAGCCCAAGUGCCAGCCGGGCGCCACCACGGGGCCGUGCCGCGUCGGCGCGGUGCACGACCCGGAGAACUCGGAGGAGGAGGGGCUGUUCAGCGUCAAGGCCAGGGCGCCGUCGGGCGCGCCGGACGGCGACAGCGACGACGACUACACCGACGCCGACCGCGACGACGAGCUCGUCGUCCUCGGCCACUGAUCGCCGUACGCCGACGUGGUUUUGAUGCAUGGUCGGUCGUUCGAGUCGGCUGGUGGUGCUAACUGGGCUUAAUUUUCGUGUCUGUUGUUUGAUUAAAUUCGAUGAUGAAGUGAUUGUUUGUUGCUAAUUGUAUUCCGUGGUAGUGGGCACGUAGCUACCAGCUAGUGUGAAUCAAUUAAUGAAUGUUAUGAGCUUUUGUACGAUGUGUUGUGGCCUCAUUUCAUAAACGACACUCGUCGAUUUAGGAUUAACGUGGAUUCAAGUGUGAAAAUGCUCAGAUACCUUAAUAAUGUAUUUCUUAUAUC